GCUGAGCAAGUGACCGCAGGCUCAACAUCAACAUGGCGUCUAGCGCGUGGAGUGUUACAUAAAUUUGGUUGGUCUUUCGCCUGGUGCGAACGAAAAGGUUCCAUUGAUGGGUUAAACGGCAAGUCAUCCUGAUGUGGAGAGCAUUGUCAAUGACGGCGAAUAAGCCAGUAAGGAGGCUGCGACUUCUAGCGAACACUCUUGUUUCCCCUGCUUUGAGACCAGUAUGCACGAUCGAUGGCACCGUUAGUAUUGGGGAUGUCAGCAUUAAACUCAGACCGUCUCCUCAUCCUGAACUUGUUCCUGUAAAGUAUGUUUCAGAAGACCUUCCUCAGACGAGCCUUAGGAGCUUGAGAUGGAUAAUGCAAAAGGACAAACUUGGUCAAGAUGUUUUUCUGAUAGGGCCACCAGGACCAAUAAGAAGGGGUCUUGCCAUGCAAUACCUGGAACUUACCAAUGCCGAAACAGAAUAUGUCGCCUUAUCUCGUGAUACGACUGAGUCAGACCUGAAGCAGAGGCGGGAGAUCCAUGCCAGCACUGCGUACUAUGUGGACCAGUGUGCUGUCCGUGCCGCUGUGGAAGGACGGGUCCUUGUCCUGGAAGGAAUUGAAAAAGCUGAGAGAAAUGUCCUGCCAGUACUCAACAAUUUGUUAGAAAACAGAGAAAUGCAGCUUGAGGAUGGGCGAUUUCUAAUGUCAGCCUCUCGAUAUGACACUCUUCUUAAAGAACACAGCAAGGAAGAACUGGAUGCUUGGAAGCUGGUCCGUGUCAGUGAAAACUUUAGAGUGAUUGCGCUUGGUCUCCCUGUGCCACGUUACCAUGGUAACCCCCUUGAUCCACCACUGAGGUCCAGGUUUCAGGCACGAGACAUCAGCUUGUUGCCAUAUAAGGAUCAACUUUCAGCUUUACAAGCCGCUUGUCCUGGUGUUCCCCAAGAAAGAUUGGCUCACCUGGUAUCGUUUGCCCAGACUUUACAGUCAAGUGAACUCUCAUCUGUUGGUCUUCCUGACUUCCCCAUGCACAACCUUGUCAACCUUGCCAAGAUUAUGUGUGCAGAUCCGGGCCAUUCCCUGGGAGAGCUUCUUCAUCGGUUGUACCCUCACCAUCUGAUGCUUGGAGAAGAGGGACAAAGAGUUGUGGAAGAUACACUCAAAACUUUCCACCUGGGGGAAAAAAGUGAGCAACCCCAGUCAUCAUCUGUUGCUGAUGUAACCAUGCCUGGUGAUCACCCUGAUGGUGUGAUUAGAGUACAGCUCAACAAGGGUUCACGUCAAGUGUACCUGGAUGUUCCGGCUGGGGAUCAAGUCUCUCUAGCGCCAAGUGAGGUGCAACACAAGAAGUUUGUGAUGACACCAUCUCAUAGCCAGCUGUUAUGCCAGAUGCUGGAGUCACAUGCUGUUCACGACUUUUGCUUGGUGGGACCCAAGGGAUGUGGUAAAUCAGUCCUUUUGCAUCAGUUUGCUUGCAUGCUCGGCUACAGAAUUGAGCCUGUGGUGCUGUACCAGGACAUGACAUCACGUGACCUCCUGCAGCAGCGAAUCACACUCAGUAAUGGCGACACCAGUUGGAGGCCGUCACCCCUUGUGACUGCGGCCUUGGAGGGGCAUAUAGCUGAGUUGGAUGGGAUACACAGGGUCAAUCCCGGGACCCUUACCAUACUACAAAGGCUGGUGCAUGAUCGAGAACUUCACUUGUACGAUGGUUCACGCCUUCUGCGUCAUGACCGAUAUGACGUCAUCAAGCAGAAGCAGGGAUGGAGUGAUGAUAACAUGGCUUCCAGAGGUAUAUACCGCAUCCACCCAGCCUUCCGUAUCGCGGGCCUAGCUGAGCCACCGGUAUUUGGCAGCAGUCAACCCCAGUGGCUCAACUCCGAAAUCCUGUCUAUGUUUAUGUUUCAUCAUGUGAAACCGCUGACCAGGGAUGAAGAGGCAAAGGUCAUUUAUGAAAUGGUGCCCGAAGUGCCAAGACAAUCAAUGAACCAGCUACUUAAUCUUGUAGACAAGCUACGAAACUCUACUGACCCUGCGGUGACUUCAGUGGCUUCGUCUCUUUCCACACGUCAGCUGCUUCGCAUUGCGUCACGGUUAGCUGAAUUCCCGGAGGAGUGUUUGAGCCAUUCCGUCAACAAGGCGUGCCUUUCACGAUUUCUCCCUAAACUACCUGCAGCAAGCCUUGAUAAUGAACUGAGAAGCGCAGGAAUUCUCAAGGAGGUCGAGUCGGACGAUGCUGUCCCUCAGGCUGUUACGACUUGUGAGGUGAGAGAUGAUCGAUUACAUAUCGGUCAGACUUCGGCUACAGUGUACAACCCAGACAAUCGAGCCAAGGUCCCAGAUGUACUCUUUUACGAAAUCCCCCAGCAUCUGGCCAUCAUGGAGGACAUGUUGAAAGAUUUUUCUCUCGGUGGACAUCUCCUUCUCGUUGGCAACCAGGGUGUUGGCAAGAAUAAAAUCGUGGACCGGUUUCUUCAUUUGCUGAAUAGACCGCGGGAAUAUAUUCAACUUCACAGAGAUACGACAGUGCAAUCCCUCACUCUGCAGCCCACAGUCCAAGAUGGGGUGAUCAUAUAUGAAGACUCUCCGCUGGUCCGUGCGGUUAAGUUUGGUCACGUGCUUGUUGUGGACGAGGCUGACAAGGCGGCCACUCACGUGACCUGUAUUCUCAAAUCUUUGGUGGAGAGUGGCGAGAUGGUGCUGGGCGAUGGACGGCGGAUAGUCAGCGGAGAAAAGGCUUAUCAUCACCAUGACGUCAUCCAUGCACACCCUGACUUCCGGAUGAUCGUACUCGCCAACAGGCCUGGGUUCCCCUUCCUCGGAAACGACUUCUUCAGUGCGCUAGGAGAUAUAUUUAGUUGUCAUGCUGUUGACAACCCAGACUUCAAAUCCGAAAUGGCCAUGCUGCGCCAAUACGGCCCUUCAGUCAGCGAAGAAGUGCUCAUUAAAUUAGUCAGUGCAUUCGGCGAGCUACGAACACGUGCAGACCAGGGCUUGAUUUCCUACCCCUACUCCACACGGGAAGUAGUCAGUGUCGUCAAACACUUACAGGCGUUCCCCGAUGAAGGCGUGGCUAGUGUGGUCCGCAAUGUGUUCGACUUUGACACCUAUCACGAGGAGAUCCGCGAUGUCGUCAUCGAAGUCAUGCACAAACACGGGAUCCCUGUGGGAGCUACAUCCGGGAACGUCCACCUGUCCAAAGAGUUUCCAUUGCCGCGUGCGAUAUUUUGCCAUCAUUGGAACCUUGCCGGGGAGGGGAGCAAGAGAGAUGGAGCAAUUAGAUGCCCGGUGGAGGAGCGCAAACUCAAAAUCACGGGACCCAUAGAGAUAUCAGCUUAUAAGAGGGACCUGGACCGGAUAGCGGACAGGUCAUUGGUGUUCACAGAGCAACUCGGACACUACGACCUCCCCAUGCACGAGGGGAGCCAUGUCGGAGGCGUGGCUGUAGGGCCAGGUGACAUGCGUGGGGACUGGAUCCACACUCUUGCGCUAGACCCAGUCUCUCUCCUCUCCAUGCAGUCAAGCCAACAUUCUGUGAUUACGUCAGACCUCUUCGAGCUUUUCCCGCAGACCUUCUUUCGCCAUUUUCCUCAAAUCAAGAUGGCCGCGCUCGGUGAAAAGCUGAUCGGACAGGUGGUACUUUAUGACCGCGAAAGCAACGUCCUCGUUCAAAUAGACCCAAAGAACAAAUCUACAAAGCUUAUAACGUUUCAAUCCAUGGCGGAUAACGCUAAGCAAAAGCUGACUAGGCAUUUUUCGAUCGCUAAAGAUGACCCAAAGUUUAUGAUGUGCUCGCAUUUUUCUCAUGAGAACUGGGUCGUGGUGUUCCAAGAAGACAGCAACAAAAUGGACGUCAUCGAUUUGAUGGACGGCGUCACGCAACACAUCACGUUCCCUUUUGUGAUUGGUCAAUUCCAUCCGUUCUCACGUGACUUGUGGUUUCUUGGAGAGACUGGGACUGACAGGAAAUAUUUUCUAGUCAAGCCUUACCCAGAAGCCCCUAUUCCGUGCAUCUUGUACCCAGUCUCCGGCGAGUCGAGUCAGAAUUUAGAGGAGCCUCGAUGGAGGUCGAUAUCACCCGAGGGAAUGUCAUCCGAAAUGCUUCAAGCAGCCCUUGGCAACGAUAAGCGGGCGAGAAGUAAUCGAUUGGCUAUCGGAGGGCACGAGUACGCCACGAUUGUUGUCGCAGAGCCCGAUAGGCUUGUCGGAAAGGCGCCUGUCAGUUUCUAUACCAUUCCUAGAGACGUGCCGAACGAACAGCAUACUACAGCGAAAGACUCGUUCAGAAGAAAGGAUAUAGUCACGCUCGACUCAGUCCGCCCAGUUUGCUUCCCGGCCACAGGACAAGUCAUACGCCUAGUUCCAGACUCCCUCGUUCCUCCAGACCCCGAUUUUGAAAAGUCAAGCCCAGUCCCUCCCGGAACAAUAGCUCACCUCGAGAUCGUAGACCUCGCUCGCCGAAGCGCCCGCUAUCUCCCUUUCUACGGUAGCCAGCGGUUGUCUGUUUACGCGCGUUAUUCAGAUGCCCCGGUGUAUAUGGCGGCUUCCACAAGCGAUGGCCUGGUGACUGUGGACGCCGCUGGCCGAGUGAGGCUUUGGGAGACUGCGGUCACGAAUCUGGAGAGGUCGCUAGAGGAGUGGAAAAAUCUAAUCGGCAAGGAUUCCCAGGGUGCUUUGCAGGUGACUUAUUCCAGGGACAGUGGCGAGGAUGUCUCAAGUCCUAAACACGGAAAGGUUGACCCCGAUAACGCACCUCAUGUCGGUGGUAACACAUGGGCCGGUGGAACAGGAGGGCGUGACACGGCCGGGCUCGGCGGCAAGGGUGGUCCGUAUAGACUAGACGCUGGUCAUGACGUGCACCAGUUAUCGGACGAAGAAAAAGGAGGGGUCCCUGAGGAGGUGAAGCAAGCUGCACGGGAGGUGGCCAGGAGGGCCUUCAAGGAGAGGCUGCGUGAGAUCCAGAUGAGCGAAUACGAUGCCGAGAUGUACGAAGACUUCUUAUCGCGCGUGCGCAGACAGGUCCAGUCCCUGCGCGUCAUUUUGGACAGCCUCCAGGCCAAGAGCAAAGAGCGAGUCUGGAUUCGUCACCAGACCUCUGGCGAGCUGGACGACACCAAGUUGAUUGACGGGCUGGCGGGGGAACGUGCGAUUUACAAGAAGCGAGGGGACGAGGAACCAGAGCCCGGAAGCCCUCAGCGUAUACCUAAGCGCCUUCGGUUCGUGGUGGAUGUCAGCGGUAGUAUGUACAGGUUCAACGGGUUAGACCGCCGCUUGGAGAGGAUGAUGGAGGCAGCGUGUCUUGUCAUGGAGGCUUUCCAUCAAUAUGAAGACAGAAUUAAGUAUGACAUCGUAGGGCAUUCUGGGGAAUCUCCCGAGAUCCCUUUCGUGUCGUGCGGGUCUGUCCCGAAGAACAACCGCGAGCGCCUGGACGUCAUGAAGCAGAUGCAUGCGCAUGCGCAGUACUGCAUGAGUGGAGACCACACGCUAGAAGCCACGGUGGCCGCCGUGAAGCGAGUAGCGACCGAAGAGGCUGACGAGCAUUUUGUGGUCGUCUUGAGUGACGCCAACCUGUCUCGUUACGGAAUAUCAGCCAAUCAGUUUGCAAGAGUUCUGACCUCAGACGCCAAGGUCAACGCUUUCGCCAUCUUCAUUGGCUCGCUGGGUAACCAGGCUGACAGGUUGGUAAAAAAUCUACCAUCUGGCCACGCCUUCCAGUGCCUGGACACUAAGCUGCUACCACAAGUGCUGCAGCAGAUAUUCACCUCUUCCCUACUGAAUACCAGGUAGCAUCUUAAUAGGUGUGUUAUCACGUUCAGCGGAGCACCGGAGUGCCGAAGUGACCGUGCGGUGGCGAAGGACGCCAUGUUGCGAAACGGCACCAAUCGAGUUGUGGAUGAUGU